AUAGAAUUGACUUGCUUCGCUCGCCCGAAAUUCACUUUUGGCGUGGAGGGCAGGCGGGUCUCUAGGUUCGGGAUUUUCUUUUUGGAUUUUUUUGGUCUUCAGAUUUUUCUCGUUGGUAGGGAUUUCUUGACUUUGCUCCUGUUCCUUCCAGACUGCUUCUCCUCGAGACGAGUUCCCCUCCCCGACUCGACUGGAAGAGGACAAUGUCGAACGGCAAAGGCAAAAAGAAGGAGGAAGAGGCGCUCAGACCGAAAGCCAAGACCUUUGGCGGGCUCGGUCUGUCCUCGCUCCUCGUGCGGUCUUUGGCCCAUCUCAGCAUCACGACGCCGACGGCCAUCCAAGCAGAGUCGAUUCCCUUGAUUCUCUCGGGCAACGACCUCAUCGGAGGCAGCCCCACGGGCUCGGGCAAGACGCUCUCCUUUGCUCUUCCCAUCCUUCAGAAGCUGCAACGAGACAUGGUGGGGGGAUACGCAGUCGUCUUGACUCCGACGAGGGAGCUGGCCGUGCAGCUCCACGAGCAAUUCGUCGCCGUCGGUGCAGGCGCCGACAUUGGGCUCAGGGUCUCGCUCGUUCUCGGUGGCAUGGACAUGCUCAAGCAGAGCGAGGAGCUGAGCAGGGGCAGGCCUCACAUAAUUGUCGCCACACCCGGGCGGCUCGUCGACAUCCUCAAGAGCGGCGCCGGCGAGGACUGGGGCCUGCAGAGGUGCAAGUUUGUCGUCCUCGACGAGGCGGAUCGCCUGCUGACAGCAACAUUUGGCCCCGAGCUCUCAUACCUCUUUGGCGUCCUGCCACCUGCGAGAGCGCGGCAGACGCUCCUUUUCACCGCCACCUUGACGCCCGAGAUCGAGCAGCUGGCCAACAAGGAGCCGGAGCCCGGUGAGAAAAAGCCGGUGCUCUGCAAGAUCGAACAAGACACCUCGACGCCAGAGAAGCUACGUCAAAAGUACAUCUUUGUACCGUCGCACAUGCGCGAGCCGUUCCUGCUCCAUCUGCUUGAGCAUGCGCCCACAACUGUCUCUGGGUGGACAAGGCAUAAGAAAGGCGAAGAAAGCGAAGACGAAGACGAGGAGGACGAAGGCAGCAAGGUGCCUCCAACGAUCAUCUUUUGCGCGAGGGCGGCUACGGCGCAGCUGCUCAGUCUGAUGCUCAAAGAGCUGGGUAUCGGCAACGUGGCCCUUCACUCCAAGAUGUCGCAGCCUAUGCGGCUCCAGUCGCUCGACACCUUCCGCGCCCGCUCCGUGCCCAUCCUCAUCACGACAGACCUUGGCUCGAGAGGGUUGGAUGUCCCCGACGUGGCCAUGGUCGUCAACUGGGACCUGCCACGAGACUGGCGUGACUACGUCCAUCGAGUCGGUCGAACGGCGCGUAACAACAAGGAGGGCGUCAGCGUUAGCUUCGUCGGCGAGCGCGAUGUCGAGCUGCUACAGGGCAUCGAGAAGAAGAUCAAUGUGGAAAUGGUCGAGCAUUCCAUGAACGAGGAAAGGGUUCUCGAGAAGCUCAACGCCGUCAUGACGGCGAAGCGGGUCGCUUCCAUGCAAAUGCAUGACUCCCACUUUGGUGAGCGCGACGAGCGCAAUAAGCGAAAGGCUGAGCUCCGGAACAAGUCUGUGGAGGGGAAGCCGCCGUCAUCCAAGAAGAGAAGGAAAAAGGAAGAAGCGUGAUCUCAAUUGUAAUGUAGUGUAGCACUAUACCAUGG